AUGAAGAAAGGACGAGGGCGGCCGAAAACCACGGUGCCACCGUCACCACCACCGGAAUCACUUACCAGCUUGAAGAUCCCUCAGAUUGGUUCAAGAACUACAACACCACCGGACUCUAGCUCGAAGACGCCUGAGACUGGAGCAAAAACUGAUAAAGGGAUGGAAGCCACACUCGGGAAUACAAUCAAAGAAACCCUAGCAGAAGCGACAAAAGCUCAACCAGGGGAGCGGAAACUAUGGGUGGAUAUUAUAAACGAUAAUUGGAACCCUGCCAAGGGACUGACAGUGGAAUAUGUUGCGCCAAAAGUAGUCAACGGGAUGAUUGAAAUUGAUAUUGAACAAGAAGACAUCGAAACGGAAAUACGGUUUUGGGAUAAUGCCCUAAUUCUUUAUAUUGUAGGAGAUGAUUUAAGUAUGAACACGGUGAAGAACUUUAUUAUCACGAUGACGGUUAUUUCCUGCUCAGAUUCAACUCCCAGAAAGACAAGGAAACCGUGA